AUGGCCGAUUUACAGGCCGAAAUCGAAUUAACAGUUGAAUUAAGAAAAUUUUUCAAUAUUGAUUUAUUUGUGCAAGGUUAUUAUCAGAUUCGAGCUGGAAUUAAAUUUGCACCACGAAUUCAAGCAGCAACGAAAGUUGAAGUUAAAUCCGAAACCCCACCUGUCUAUGAUGAUUAUCGUGAACAAAUAUAUCCUGCUUGUGUACUUAAUGAUUGGGGUGUCAGUAAAACAUUUAUGAUUUUAUAUAAAAAUGAAGAAGUUGAACUUGAAGAUCAAUUUAAUUUUAAACUUUCAAUUAUUGUUGAUCCUCAAAAUAUUACAGAUUGUUUUAAUCGAAUGGAUAUGCAACUUUGUAUUGAACUUUAUUUUGUUGAAAAAGAAUAUUUACCGGAAAAAAUCUCAGCGAUCCAACCAUUAUGUAGUCGAAAUUAUAAAUUACAUUUUAAUCCACGUUUAGGACUUCAUAUUCAUGUUCCCAUAUUCUUCGAUUAUUUUCAUUUAUCUGCAUUAACAGUAACUAUUCAUGCGUCACUUCUUUGUCUUAUUCCACCAUAUGUAUUCGAUCGACCAAAUGUACGUCAAACAUCUUUAUUUAGUUUUCUAUUUGAUCAAGAUUUAUCUCAAAUAACAACUGAUCAAAUAAAUUCGAAUUUACUUGAUCGAGCAUAUCAUUUGCACAAUAAUAUAUGUGAAAUACUUCUUUCAGCUUAUGAAUCUUUACAAGAUUUUUAUGAAAAAAUGAUUGAACAUUUACCAUCAAAUCAACAAAAACCAAUACAUAAUCAUCAAAAAUGUCGUCAGAGAUUAAAAACUCUUUGUGAUAAACUCAAAAGUUUAGAUGAUAUUCAUACAAUAGAUAAUUUAGCACAUGCACAUAUUGCUCAAUGUUCAGCAGAAAAUAUAAUGCUUUGGUGUCAAUUUAUUGACAAAUUUGGUUUACAUGACAUUCCAGAAAAAAUUCUUGCGAAAGAAUAUCAUUUAAAACGAGUAAAACGUUUGUCAGAAGGUUUCUUUGUUCGUGAAAUAUCACGAAUUAAUCUACUAACAGACGAAAGUGAAACAUUUAGUGAUUUACAUGAACUUGUUAGAAAUUCUUUGUAUUAUUCACGUUUACCACAUUUACCAAUUGAAUGUGUUGAACUUGAUGGAGUACCAUAUACAUUACCAACCCUUAUUGAAGAAAUUUAUUCACCUGUUGAUGAAAAUUCAAUAAUAAUUCCAUCAUCAUUAAAUGAAAAAACUAAUGAUGAAAAACCAAUUUUACAAACAAUGCAAAAUAUUAAUAAAAUCGAUCCAGAUUCUAGUCAUAAUAUUAGUGAAAAAGUAAUUGAAAAAACUAAAAAUUCUGGUUCGAAUAGUAUCACAUCUCCACGUAUAAAAUCUCAAGAACAAAAAAAAGGAAACAUUUCAUCAGCUAAUAAUAAUUCGAAACCACUUGUUCGUCAACCAUCAAUGAAACGUUUUCUAUCAUUUCGAAAUCAUUCACAAUCAAAUAUUCAUCCUGUUCUAGCAAUAUCAAAUGAACCAUUUGUUAAAUUAACUUCAAUACGUAAGUUUAAUCAAGAUUCAACAUCAUCAUCAAUACAAUCCGAUGGAACAAAUUCUUCAUUAGGUUUAUUUUCAAAUCAAUCAAAUUCAGAUUUAAAUCUAAGUCUUUCGAAAAGAUCAAAUUCUUCAUGUUUAUCUAAUCAAACAGCACGGUCUUCAUUACCAAAUGUACCAUAUCAACGAUGUAAUAGUGCAUCAACAACAAAUAUAAAUCUGUCUGAAUCAUCAGUUAUUCCACCAUUUUUAUGUACAAAUGAUGAUGAUGUUUUUCAAACAACUGAUCCAGUUGAAGCUGCUGCUGCAUCAACAUUUGGUGAUUCAAGUAUGAAAUCAAAAGUUUUACGAGCAUCAUUUCAUGGUAAACAUAAUACAAUGGAUCGACGUACAACUGAUUCAACAUCAAUACGAUCAUUAUCAACAUCAUCAACAACAACACCACAUAAUAAUGUAAGACAAUCAUUAACUAGUCAACCAAAAGAUUUGAUUACAAAAUCUAAUGAUGAUACUAUAACAAAACAACCAGUGAAUUAUCCACUUGAUUCUGUUCUUAAUUUUACUUUACAAUUAGAACAAAAAGCAACAGCAGAUAUUCAACGUCGACAUACAAUUUCAAUGGAUAAUAUUAAUCCUGUACUAUCAGAUGUUUUAACUGACGAUGAAAAUCAAUUAAAAGAAAAUAAACAAGAAAAUGAUCGAUUACAAAAGAAUUCAUCAAUUAAUAGUCAAACUAUUGAAUAUGUUGUUUAUAAAGAAAAAAUGAAAGAAUUAAUAUUAUCAAAACAUUUGUCAAAUUUAAUGUUUUUUUCUGAUUUUUCAAUUCCAAUAUCACCCAUUCCAUAUUUUUCUCAAGAAAAUAUAUCUGAAGAUUUUAAAGAAACUCAUCUUAUAGUAUGUGUACAUGGUUUAGAUGGAAAUUCUGGUGAUUUACGUUUAGUAAAAACAUAUCUUAAUUUAUGUUUACCAUCAGAACAAUUAGAUUUUCUUAUGUCAUCUUCAAAUCAAUCAUCAACAUUUGAUGAUAUUGAUAUUAUGGCUAAACAACUUAUUGAAGAAAUUGAUUUACAUAUUGAUCGUUAUGAUUUAAAACCUCAACGUAUUAGUUUUAUUGGUCAUUCAUUAGGAAAUCUUAUUAUACGUGCAGCUGUUAGUCAUACAAAUUUUGAACAUUAUCGACCGAUACUUUAUACAUAUCUUUCGUUAUCUGGACCACAUUUAGGAACAUUAUUCAAUACAAGUGGUUUAGUUAAUAUGGGAAUGUGGUUAAUGCAAAAAUGGAAAAAAUCAUGUAGUUUAUCACAAAUGUCAUUUAAAGAUCAUAUCGAUCCAAAAGAAACAUAUUUAUAUAAACUUAGUAAAAAACCUUGUUUGGAAUUUUUUAAAAAUAUUUUAUUAGUUGCUUCUCCACAGGAUCGUUAUGUUCCAUUUCAUUCAUCUCGUAUUGAAGUUUGCAAAGCUGCAUUGAAAGAUACAGUUUAUGGCUCGAUAUAUUUGCAAAUGAUAAAUAACUUACUUGAACCGAUACUUGGUAAUCCAUCAAUAACAUUUGUUCGUUAUAAUGCUUUUCAUAGCAUCCCAGCGGGUACUAACAAUAUUAUUGGUCGUGCAGCACAUAUAGCUAUAUUGGAUUCUGAAUUGUUUGUUGAAAAACUUAUAUUGGUUAGUGCUGCAAAAUAUUUUAAAUGA